GUUGUGGCUGAGGGUCCUGCGCGAAAGACGCCUCGCGCGCCAUCUUAGCUGAGGGCGAGAAUGAAAAGUGUUUGACCCACGGCGGGGCGACGCUCCGACCUCGGGCCUUUGUGGUGGCGCGGGAAGGAAAGGGUCACUUUACAGGACACGCGCGACAUGGGAGCGGGCCUGGGCGGGACUCGAGAUCUUCCUGAGGCGGGUCGUCACUUGCGUGGGGGUGCGAGCAAGGAGCGGUGCGGAGAUGUGCCGGUUGCAGCUCCGGUUGCCACACCUGCCUCUGCGCUGACCAUCUUCUGCCACUGAGCUGGGAUACGGGAGCAGACACGGCCGGAAGAUGUUGCAUUUCUUCCGUAAAAAAAAACUCAGCGAUGAAGCCCGCAAGCGUCUUGAAUACCAAAUGUGCCUGGCAAAGGAAGCAGGAGCUGACGAUAUCCUCGAUAUAUCCAAAUGUGAACUCUCCGAGCUGCCCUACGGAGCCUUUACAACCUGUAAGAUUCUGCAGAAAAAGGUGCUGAUUGUGCACACCAAUUGCUUGAGCUCUCUGAUCCCCAAAUCCUGCAGCAUCCUGAGUCUCAUCACUGUGAAGGUUUUAGACCUCCACGACAACCAGCUGACCUCGCUUCCUGCCGAUAUUGGUCAGUUGGCCUCUCUCCAGGUCUUAAAUGCAGAGAGGAAUCACUUGAACAACCUUCCGGAUUCCAUCGGAGACCUUGUCCAGCUGCAGACCCUCAAUGUCAAAGCCAACAAGCUGAAAAAGCUGCCGACCACGCUGGGUGGCCUGCGUAGCCUUCGGACCUUAGACGUGAGCGAGAACCUGGUUCGGGAGCUGCCCUUGGUGCUGGCUCACGUCCGGACGCUGGAGACGCUGACCCUCGAUGCCUCCUCCAUGACCUACCCGCCAGAUGCCAUCUGCAGCACCGGCACGGAAGGCAUCCAGCAGUUUCUGUGUGAAGAAUUAGGAAUCGAGUACAACCCUCCCUCUCAGUAUUUGCUGCCCGUGUUAGAAAGCGACCCAGGGGAGACGGCUGUGGAUGGGGUCAGCCGGACGGAGCGCCGAUUCGCAGAGAGCGAAGCCGAGUGGCAGAACAAAUUCCUGGACUAUGAGAAGAAAAAGGAGCAGAAGAUGCAGGAGAAGCUGGAGUUUGAGCGCUGGCUGGACCUGGGGCAGAGGGAGCAGGCGCAGCUGAUGCACCAGAGCCAGGCGCAGAAAGGGGAGAUCCUGCAGAGCAUGAAGGAGGAGCAGGUGAGGCUGGAGCAGGGCCUGACGCGGCACCAGCAGCGCCUGGGGAAAGAGCGCCUGCAGCUGCUGGAGCAGCUGAAGCAGAUGGAAGAGGGCGUCGGCGGCCGGAUCCAGAAGCUGCUCGAGGAGAAUCAGAGGCAAAAGCAGAGCUCCGAGAUCCUUAAAUCCCUGGAGAAUGAUCGGAUCCGGAUGGAGCAGCUGAUGGCCAUCACGCAGGAAGAGGCGGAGCAGCUGCGCCAGAGGGAAGUCGCCGCGGCUAUGCAGCAGAUGCUGGCGGAAACCUACAAGAACAAGAUCAUCCAACUCGCUUAUGAAUCGCGCCGGCAAGAUCUCGUCAACCAGACCUAUUCCAGCCUCGCCAAGAUGGACCAGAAAUGCCAGCGGAUCCUGGCCUGGCAGCAGAUGGACCAGAACAAAGCCAUCAGCCAGAUCCUGCAAGAGAGCGAAAUGCAGAAAGCGGCCUUUGAAGCCCUGCAGGUGAAGAGAGACCUGAUGCACUGCCAGAUCCGGAAUCAGAUUAAGCUAAUAGAGAAAGAGUUACUGCAGCUGACACAGCUGGAGUUAAAGAGGCAGCAGCUGGACACAGAGGCGCUGCAGGAGGCGAUCGCGGACCAGCGGCGGGCUCUCACCUACCUGCUGCAGCAGCUGCUGAAAGAGAAGAAGCAACGGGAAGAAGAGCUCCAGGAGAUCCUGCGCGAGCUGGAGGCCAAGAGUGAGACCAAGCAGGAGAACUACUGGCUGAUCCAGUACCAGCGCCUCCUGGACCAGAAGCCCCUCUCGCUCCAGCUGCAGGAGGAGGGUCUGGAGCGGCAGCUGGUGAAGCUGUUGACUGACCUCUCGGCCGAGCAAUACGUGCCCAUCUUUGCUCACCACCGGAUCUCUCUGGAAAUGCUCUGCUCCAUGGACCCCAGUGACCUGGCAAAGAUCGGAAUUGCCGAAAGGGGCCUCCAGCAGUCCAUCAUCCGGAGGGCCCGGGAGAUACACGCCGUGGCUGUCACCAUACCAGAGCUCCUCAAGCCGGCGGACGAGGGAGGCCCGGCCCCUUCAGCGCCCAGGGAAGAGCCUCCCAGCAGCGCCGGAUCCCCAUCUGCCCCUACGCUGGAGGAGCGGCACUGCGAGUGUGUGGUGUGCAUGGAAAAUGAGGCUCAAGUGGUCUUCCUGACCUGCGGCCACGUCUGCUGCUGCCAGACCUGCUCGGAGGCCCUGCGCAGCUGCCCGCUCUGCCGCAAGGAGAUCACCCAGCGCAUCCGCCUCUUCCACAGCGGCUAGCCCCGGGGGGUGACGGCGGCGGCCCGGGGGAGGCCUGCAACUUGCACUACCUCCUUGCACUUCGUACCUUGCCCGCGUCUUGUCGUCGUCGUCGUCCUUGUUGUGCGCGCACGGAAGCAUGGCCGCCAACCCCUGCCCUCGUGUCCUCGGCAAGCAGCCCCAGCUCGCCGGCCGUCCCGGUCGCCGCUGUUCACGCCAAGAUGGAGGCGCAUGCCAGCUCUGGGUGGAGAGCCUUUGCAGAGGUGCGUUGGCAUGGAGAAGAGUCUUGCCUUUCCUUCAAGCAAGCGUGCCAAAGCCGUGGGAGCCAGCCAGAGAGUUUCCGUAGCUUGCAGUCUGAAGUCCCCCGGGGCCAACCUGGCCGCUUUCUGGCUUGGGGGCAGGCGUAGCUGCCUGUGCCCCACCUUGAAAUGGGACCCGAGCAACGAAUUGAUCCCGUGGCCCAAGCAGGGCCCGGGCAGGCGUCUGCCCUUUGUACCAAGAACUGGCAGGAAAGCCGGGAAACCAACCUUUCCCCCUCCCCACACUGGAGGCGGCAAGGGGGCAGCCCUCCCGGGUUGAGCAGAGAGGCUGCCGUCCCUGCCCUCCUCUGGCCCUGGGUGGGUCAGGCCAGCCAGCGCUCUGGUUGGGCGGAGACUGCCCCGCCAGCUGCUGGUCCCUUGUUUCCCUGCUCUCAGCUGUUGGUUAAUGGCCCCUCUCCGUUAAUCAUCGGUCAGUCCCUGGCCUUUGGCUGCCAAGUGGGUGCCUCCCCCAGAUGAAGCCAGUGGGCACCUGUCAGGGCCGGCUGCUUCCCCGCCAGGAGCAAGAAGCAACUGGGCAACCCGGGAGGCCACCGGGACGUCUCCGCUCCCGUCUCCCCCGCAGCUUGGCCUGGCCUCCCAGGGAGGGAGCAAGCGCAGGGAUGCUGAGAAGGGCAGGGCCCAAGGACAUCGAGGCCAGAGCAAGGCCAAGGGCCCCCAAAGGGCGAUGGCGUCCUGGUCUGGCAGCUGGGGGCCCCUGCCCUCUGAUGGCUGGAGAGCAGGGAUGAGAGCAGCAAGGUCUGGGGUGCAGAGCCCCUCAGAAACCAGGGAGAAAGCAGACAUCACCCCCCUGGCCAGUGCUGUCUGCAGCGGAGAAAACCCCGCUUUGAGGCAGGCUUCCCUAGAGAGGCUUUUUGGGCCAGUCUCUGUCUCUUCACUGGGUUCCAGCUCUUCUGUUUUGCUCCCCUCCACAAAGGACGGUGCAGCCACGCUGCAUUCCUUGGGCAUCUGCUGAGGUGCCGGUUGCAUCAUGCAUGGUGCCCCCAGCCAAAGAUUAGCUAACACGUUGCUCUCUGUCUCCCCAGCCACUGGGGAGAAGUUUCGGGAUCCCCUUUCCCCUCAACAGAGCCGGCGUGACGCCUCUGUUUGAGUCUACCCCGCCCGUGUGGUUCCCAUGCCUUUGCCGAUUCUUACCUUGCUCUCUCCCCCAGCAGCUCCAAACCCUGCCUCCUAGUGACUUUGUGCUCUCCUCCAGCUCACAUCGUACAUCCCCGAUUUUAAUCGAGCUUUUUGAACCCCCCAAACAAUUCUGGGAGUCGUAGUUCUCCCAAGGGCGCUGGGAAUACUCUGAGGUGCUUUACAGAGAACUACACCUCCCAAACUUCCAUGCAGGGAAGCCAUACCUGUUGAACCAGAUACAGGCCCUUCACUCUCGCUGCACCCUCGGCAGGAAGUGUUGAGCACCUCUGCCUCCCAAAGGCGCUGCCAAAGGGAGGAUGAACAAAGCUGCACAGCCACGUUCGGACAGCCACAACAGGUUAGCCGGGGCCGUUUGCCGCCAUGUGUCUUGCAUGAAUCUCUGUGUCCCAGUCUUGGCCCAUUUUAAGUGCAAUUGUCUCAUGUAUCCAGGAGAGAAAUAAAGAGUUGGAAACUCA